GCAGUCCAAUCUUUAUCCUUACUCCGUCUGAGCCUCGGUAUCGAUUUCCCAAGGAACAGCGUAGGUCGUAUCUCCCGUUGACGAUGGCGCACCAAGACUCCAAGCUCUUCCAGCCUCUCGCCAUCAACAAUGGCAAUAUCACUCUUAAACACCGCGUCGUCCAUGCGCCACUGACUCGCAAUCGCGGUGUCCCGGAGAGUCCCGUCAGCACUCCCGAGAAGCCGAACCGGGUCUGGUACCCUGGCGACCUGGUUGUCGAAUACUACCGGCAGCGAGCGACGGAUGGCGGGUUGAUCAUUUCAGAGGGCAUCCCGCCCUCUCUAGAGAGUAACGGCAUGCCUGGCGUCCCCGGCCUGUUCACCCCGUCUCAGAUCGCCGGCUGGAAGCGCGUCGUCGAUGCCGUCCACGAGAAAGGCGGCUACAUCUACGCCCAACUCUGGCACGCUGGUCGUGCCACGAUCCCGCAAAUGACCGGGUCGCCGGCCGUUUCUGCGUCUGCGACCGUUUGGGACGACCCGACAGAGUGCUACUCGCACCCGCCCGUCGGCGCGACCGAGCGCGUGCCGUACUCCGCACACCCUCCCAUUGAGCUGACGGUCGACCACAUAAAGCGUACCAUCGCCGACUACUGCGCGGCAGCCAAGGCAGCCAUGGAAGCGGGCUUUGACGGGGUUGAGGUGCACGGUGGGAAUGGGUACCUGCCCGAGCAGUUCCUCAGCUCGAAUAUCAACAAGCGAACAGACGAGUAUGGCGGGUCACCCGAGAAGCGCUGCCGGUUUGUCCUCGAGCUCAUGGAUGAGCUGGCCAAGACCAUUGGCGAGGAGAACCUGGCGAUCCGGCUUUCGCCUUUUGGUCUUUUCAAUCAGGCGCGCGGAGAGCAGCGGAUGGAGACCUGGACGCAUCUGUGCAAGGAGCUGAAGCGCACCCACCCGACUCUCUCCUAUGUCAGCUUCAUUGAACCGCGCUACGAACAGAUCUUCAGCACCGCCGAGAAAGACGCCUUCCUAUCGUCCUGGGGCCUUUCAAACGUCGACCUCACCAGUUUCCGUGAGAUCUUUGGCGACACACCCUUCUUCUCUGCCGGCGGCUGGGACCAGACCAACUCGUGGGGCGUGCUGGAGUCCGGCCGGUACGACGCCCUGCUGUACGGGCGGUACUUCACCAGCAACCCAGAUCUGGUGGAGAGGUUGAGGACGGGCACGCCUUUUGCCCCGUACGAUCGUAGUAGAUUUUAUGGGCCGUUUGAGGAUAACCGGAUUUGUUAUACGGACUACCCGCCGGCUACGGGGCACACAGAUAUUCGGAUCGAGAUUCAACAGUGAGGAUUGCAGAGCGCUUCUGUCGAUCAUUAGGAUAUAUAUCUUUAUUCAUCUUGGUCCAUGGUGGCCUGCCAGGGUACUAGGAUUGAGCUAAAGUAUAUCGUGAGUUGCGGGAGAGGUAAACUAGAAAAGAACUGUUUGCCUGCGGCAACAUCACCUCCUAAGAAUACCUGGCAAACUCUUUGGGCUAUGUACACAGAAUACAAUAA